UUAUCAUACUGGCGAGCGCUUAAGCGUAAUAUAAUCGGAUUUUCCGUUGUUCUUCGUUCUCCCUUGUGGCGUCCUCCGGCUAGGGCGCUGUGGAUUGCGAGGGCGCGCGCGUCGCGGCUAGAGCACAGGCCGGGCAUAAUGCGAUCCAGAAGUGGCUAGGCGAUCGCGCGAGUUUCUUGGUCGAUCAUUCCACAAGAAGCUAUGGCGGAUCAUAGUCCGCCGCCUGUGGCGGGAGAGAUCGACACAACUGCGCCGUUUGAAUCUGUCAAGGCCGCCGUGAAUCUCUUUGGGGAGAUCGCCGAUUCUAAAGCUUUGAAGUUUCCUAGUGCCGAGAAGCGCGCAUCGUUGGAGCUCCAGCAGCUUCGCGAGAAUUUGGCGGCGACCAGACAGCAGCUCUCUCAAGCGCAAACGUCCAAAAACGCUCUUUUCCAGGAGCUGCUCGAGACCAAGCGCCUUGUCGAGUUUAAAACUUCUCAGCUCGCCAACGUUUUAUCGUCCAAGCCGUCGAGUUCAGAGGUCGCCCGCCAGGCGGAAGAAACGUACACGCAGAUCGAUGCUGUGUCAAAUGUUGUCCAGGAGAAGUACGAGGAGGCAGUCGCGAAUUUGGCCACCACGGAAAUGGAGGUUGAAAGGCUAAAUGCUGAGAUAGAGAGCUCGGUGGCUGCGCUGGAGGAGCAGCAGCAAGGCCAUCAAGGUGAAGAGAAAAACUCGGUUUUGGCAGAGAACGCAACAGAACCUCCACAAAUCGUCGACAACACGGAGGGGCUUAAGAACGAGCUAGCUGCGACAAAAGAGUCCGAAGAGAAGCUGCUGGAGGAGAUCGCCGGCUUGAGAUCCAAACUCGACAAGGUGAAAGCCGAGGUAGAAGAAGCCCGGGUUUCAGAGACGAAGGCUACGAAAGCGGCAGGCGACGCGGCUCAGGAGCUCGCAAAUUUGAGAUCGAAACUAGACACUUUGGUGGAGGAGAAGAACAUGCUCGCCGCUCUUUCCGAGUCGCUGCGAGACCAACUCGUCAAGGCAAAGAUGGAGCUGGAAGCUCUCAAAGACGCUGCCGAGUCCGAGGCCCUGCCUUCUUCAAGCGCCUCGGCGGAGCUGCAAAAGGUCCGAACCGAGCUCGCAGCACUGGUUGCGCUGGAGGCCAAGGCAAAAGACACAAUCGCUGGAGUUUCACAGGCUUUACAAAAGGUGACGUUUGAAGCGGACGAGUCCCGGCUAGCUGCCGAGGCCGCUCUGGAGGAAGCCCACAAAGCAAAGCAGGAGCUCGAGGAGGCCAAAGCUGCGGCAUUUACAGCCGAGAGCCGGCUCGAGGCAGCGACGAGGGAGGCUGCGGCUGCCAAGGCCGGCGAAAGCAUGGCUCUCGCUGAACUAAAGAUGCUCUACGAGAAGAAAUCAUCGGUGGAAGAUAUCAGCUCUCCCAGCGACAAAGAGGCGCUCGGCAAAUCAAAGAAAGAGUGUGACAACCUCCGAAAGAGGCUCCAGGAGGCGGAGGAACUGGCGGAGAUGAAAGUAGCGGCGGCGCUGGCCAAAGUUGACGCUGCAAAGGCGAGCGAGCGGGAGAUCCGAGCGAAGCUGGAGGCCGUCCGGGGCGAAGUCGAGACGAACAGAUCGAUGGCGAAGCAGGCGCUCCACCGCGCCGAGACGGCCGAGGCAGCGAAGUCGGCGAUAGAGAACGAACUGAGAAGAAGACGCAGGCCCGCGGACCACUCCACUGGAGUGGCUUCGUCGACGACGUACAGAGGAGGAUCUCCCUUGCAAGCCGGAGCGACGGUGCAAACUCCGGACCGAAGGAUGGAGCCGCCACACCAUCACACGAUGGCGAGGAGGAGCUUGGACUACACCGCGACCGACCACAGCUUCGUCUCGGCGGACGUCUCGGCCGAGUCCAUUGCGCAGCUCCUCCAGCUCAAAGUUUCGCCGCUCAAGACGUCGCUCCCGAUCGCGGAGAAUCCCGAGAAGUCGGACAAGUCGGACAAGUCGGAGAAGAAGAAGAAGAGCAAGCCGUUCAUGAAGCUGGGAUCUUACUUGAGCAGGAGGAAGAGCUCGGUUGGAUCCACUUCUCCCAGGAUGUGAGCUCGCGAGCUCGCGAGAUCGCGCGCAUUGGGGUGGAGUGGAGAGAUUUUGGUCGCGGCUUCCCACAAGUUUGGAAGAAAGACAAAGGAGCGCUUCCGAGAAGCUUGGAAGAACAAAGAUUUGCCAAAAGCGAAAAGAAAAACUACACACACAAAGUUACAAAUUAAGAAAAUAUGGAGGUAAUGUAUUAAAUUUUUUGGUGUUGUAUUGCUGUGAAUAAAUCUAAACCAUGGAAUAGAUCGAGGACACGUGGCUGGCCAGUAUUGUUUCGUGGCGGAUGAGGAGGGAAAAACAUAUUUUAGGGCUCUUCCACUUCCAGCUCGUGAUCUUGCGCGCGAUGACGCUCAUCAAUCUCUUCCGGAGGUACGAGCGCUGGAAUCCCGUCCAUCCCACGUAUGGCGCCUUCUGGGGGAUUGGAUUCGGGCUGGGCUGCGGCGUGGGAUGGGGGCCGGGAUUCGGCCCCGAGGUCAUUGGCUAUGUCGGCUCUGGAUGCGGCGUGGGGAUCAGCGUGGGAGUGACAAUGGUGGGAGUUGGAGUUGGGCUUCCCGCUGGCGGCCUCGCUUGCGUCCCUUCCGACGUGGUCUCGUAUGCGGGUCACGGGAUCAUGGAUUUCACAAAGUCGACCGCAGCUCCAGCAGCGUCGAUCGCUGUAAAACGAGGAUGGAGUGCGUUGUGUCUGCACAUAGGAACAGCUCUAGAGCGAGGUCGACUCGGGCAUUCCAGUCGCAAGAGCUACAGUCUCGAUGAGUUCCAAAGGCAAUCUCUGGUGGCCCUGAGGCAAGGCUGGGAUUCAUUCAGUGGCAAAGUCCGGAGUGCCGGAUUGUCUCGCUUGCGUCCAUGCAAUGCCGGUCUCUUGCAGAGCGAUUCUAAUAGUAACCAGAGUGAGAGGCCGCCUCCACCAUCUUAGUGCUUCGCCUUGAGUUGAUAGGAUUGAUUGCUAACUUCGGUUUUGUACGUAAGCUGUUCCAUUUUCAUGUAAAUAAUAAUAUUAGGAUUAAGCGAA